AUUAAGCUAUUUUUCAACCUCUUCAAUACAUUCUAGCUACAUCCUUUUUAUAGUGCGUGUAUGCUUGCUAGCUUGAGAUCCAAAACAUAGAAGCUUAAUCAGGUUUUUUUUUCCUUUCCAAGGUGCUCACUACGUAGCUAGCUACUUGGAAAGAGAAAAGAAAGAAAGAAAGAUGAUAGGGUGGGAAGAUGUUUACAAGGUAGUGGUGGCCGUGGUACCACUCUACGUUGCAUUAGUGUUAGGCUAUGGUUCUGUCAGGUGGUGGAAGGUAUUUACACCUGAACAGUGCGGGGCUAUAAACCGCUUUGUUUGUUAUUUCACUCUGCCACUCUUCACCUUCGAGUUCACUGCUCAUGUUGAUCCUUUCAAAAUGAAUUAUCUUUUCAUUGGUGCUGAUGCCGUAUCGAAGGUCAUUAUAGUGGCAGUGCUUGCCUUUUGGGCUAAGUGCAGUAGUAAGGGAAGCUACAGCUGGUCCAUAACCAGUUUCUCUCUUUGUACAUUAACUAAUUCUCUUGUUGUUGGUGUACCUAUAAUUAAAGCCAUGUAUGGCACGGCGGGAGUUGAUCUUGUUGUUCAAUCAUCUGUCAUCCAAGCCAUUAUAUGGCUCACAUUAUUGUUGCUCGUAUUAGAAUUUCGAAGAACAGGACUUGGUUUUUCAUCCAACAAUUCUGACAAGGAUUUAGAGGGAAGUGUAGAUAACACUGAAAGCUCUAGACCUGCCUUCUGGUGUUUGAUGAAGACUGUGUGGGUGAAACUGGCCAUGAAUCCUAAUUCAUACGCUUGUAUUAUUGGCCUUGUCUGGGCUUUUAUAUCUAACAGGUGGCACUUCGAGAUGCCCGCCAUGAUGGAAGGAUCUAUAUUGAUCAUGUCGAAAGCUGGCACAGGCACUGCCAUGUUUAGCAUGGGGAUCUUCAUGGCUUUGCAAGAAAAAGUGAUUUCCUGCGGUGCAAGUCUAACUGUUAUUGGGAUGAUUUUAAGGUUUAUAGCUGGACCCGCAGCUAUGGCUAUUGGCUCGAUCGCUGUGGGUUUGCAAGGCGAUGUUUUACGAGUUGCUAUCAUUCAGGCAGCAUUGCCACAAUCAAUUACAUCCUUCAUCUUUGCUAAGGAAUACGGAUUACAUGCAGAGGUGCUAAGCACAGCUGUAAUCUUCGGUAUGCUGGCAGCACUUCCGAUCUUAAUCGCUUAUUAUGCAAUUUUAGAGUUUGUACCUUGACCCUUCGAUGCAUUUUUAAAAUAACUUGAAGGAGGAAUAUAGCUAGCUCAGCCAACCUUAUAGGUGCAUUUCUAACUUGCUUGACCAGGCCACAGAUUGGUUUGAUUUGUUUCUUUUU